GCCUCCUCAGACCCUGUGACGCCGCAGUCCUUCUCCUUCCAUAGAGACCGGAAAAGCAUCCCCCUCAAGAGGUGCUACGUCACUCGGAGUCUGGCCUUGGCUGACCCUGAAAACAGGCAACUUGAGAUCCACUCUCCAGAUGCUAAGCACACGGUGAUCCUAAGAAGUAAGGAUUCAGCCACCGCCCAGGCCUGGUUCAGUGCCAUCCAUUCUAACGUCAGUGACCUGCUGACCCAAGUGGUUGCUGAAGUCAGACAGCAGCUGGUGAAAACAGGCAUUGCUGGGAGCCGAGAGAUCAGGCAUCUUGGCUGGCUUGCCGAAAAGGUGCCAGGGGAGAGUGAGCAGCAGUGGAAGCCAGCCCUGGUCGUGCUGACUGAGAAAGACCUUUUAAUCUAUGACAGCAUGCCCCGGAGGAAGGAGGCCUGGUUCAGCCCAGUCCACACAUACCCACUUCUUGCCACCAGGCUGGUCCAUUCAGGUCCUGGAAAGGGGUCACCCCAGGCUGGUGUGGAUCUGUCCUUUGCAACCCGAACUGGUACCAGGCAAGGGAUUGAAACGCACCUCUUCAGGGCAGAGAUCAGCAGGGACCUGUCCCAUUGGACCAGGAGCAUAGUCCAGGGUUGUCACCACGCUGCGGAAGUCAUCACAGAAAUUAGCACUGCUUGCACCUAUAAGAACCAGGAGUGCCGUCUGACCGUGCAUUAUGAGAAUGGGUUUUCUGUUACCACGGAACCACAGGAGGGUGCCUUUACCAAAACCAUCAUACAGUCUCCUUAUGAGAAGCUCAAGACGUCUUCGGAUGAUGGGAUCCGGAUGCUGUAUCUAGAUUUUGGAGGCAAAGACGGAGAGAUUCAACUAGACCUUCAUUCAUGCCCCAAACCGAUUGUUUUCAUCAUUCAUUCCUUCCUGUCGGCGAAGAUUACAAGAUUGGGCUUGGUGGCUUGAACAGAGGGGCAGCUUGCCUUUGAGGACAGGACGCGGGGUUGACGCCAGAAACGCGAGCCGUUUGUAUGGGAACAGUGCAGACGUCGAAACAAGCCAUGGGCGGCUGCAGUUCUCAGGUGCUGUGUGUAACCAUCUCAGAUGGCUCUGUGGGUUCCAGCAACUCCAGCAGGUGCCCUAAGGGGCCACCGCAACGGCCUUCAGAGCAAAGCUGUCUGUUUAGAACAAUAAAUGGUGAAAGGGAUGAGGGCUAUUGGAAAAACACCACAUAGCUUUCAAAUGACACCCAAGGACAUGCCCAUUAGAACAGCACGCACAGAUCUUAAUCAUACCAGUUUCCUGGCAACUGGUUCACCCAGGUAAGCAAGGACUGAAUAGAUGAGAUAUCGGUAUUCCACCUCGGCCCUGCCCCACACCUCCCAGAAACAUUCAUCCCUUGUUUAUUGUGAUUUAUCACCUGCUUUUAAAUCAGUCCUUUACCUGGGAGGGAGAGAAGAGUACUUCUCUCAAAUGGAAACUCACCUUUUGUUUAAGUAUGAAGCAGCGGUGAUGAUUAUUACUUUCAAUUUUACUGAAUUGACUUUCAGAGAUGUGGAAUAGUUGGGAAGUGUCCUCGUUAGCAUGUGCUGAGCAGGAAUGAAAUAAAGCAGCAGAAACUAGCCUGAGCAGAGCACUGGGGGAAGAGUCCGAGCUCAAGGGGACUGUGUGCCUGGAACACAAUUAACCCUGGGGCUGCACUCAUACCAAGGUCUGCUGUCUUAUAGUCAAAACCAAUCGCUUUCUUUAUAGUAAGCCCAUGAUGGGUAUUGUUUUUAAGAUGGUCACCUGAGAUCUAUAUAGAAAUACACAACACAGUGCACACAGCUGGGGUAAACGAAUUUCCCCUGCCUCGCUGUGGAAGCACCGAGCAGCUUCUUGCCCCUUGUCUCUGCCUGUGCUUGUCUGCAUGCGUCUUCUAACAAGUCACAGGGCAGCCUUGCUUCCUCCUGGUUGGUGCUGGGCUGUCUCAUGCGCCCAGCACUGCACGUGCACCAAUCGCUAGCAUCCACGGUACAUUCAAGAUUCCGGGGAAAGCAUAUAGUGGCCUGAUAUUUUUCUACCAGAAUAUUUUUGGACAGCACAUUAUUGAUUUGAGGCUUUGGCUUGUUCACAAUUCACUGGGUGGGGGU